AACAUCAUUAGGUAAAUCAAACAAGGGGUGGAGUCAAACUAAGACAAAGGGAUACAAAAUGGCUGUUCAGAGACACUGUAGUUAUUGCAAAUGUCAAAGAAAUAUGUACAAUUGCAACUAAAAACUAGAUAAUAAUGGCGCUCUGUAUUACAUUCCUUCUACUUCUUACCUUUGGCUGUUCAGCUACAGUUCAGCAGCUUUAUCGGGAAGCGGAAUCUUGGAGCCAAGUGGCAAAUACCCCUGGGAGAUUAGUUCCACAGUAUAGGCCUGUUCAAGAACCAGCCAGAUUUCAACCAAGUCCUCUGCAAUGGCCCGCCAGAGUCCAGACACCUCAAUUUCAAAACCCUUUCCUCCAGUCAAAGCAGACCUUCAAUGAGACUUUGACCUGGAGAUAUCCUGAAGAUCCAGUCAAAGAGGUGCAGUUGGCUAUUGAUGAGCAGAGACCGCUGCCUGUGCCUGCCAGUAGCAUUGCAGUUCAAUGUGGGGAGACUGCUGCUCGUGUGGAAGUGAAACGAGAUCUGCUUGGUAUCGGCCAACUCAUUCACCCAGCGGAUCUUACCUUGGGAGGCUGUGCUGUCACCGGGGAGGAUGCUUCCGCUCAAGUUCUGAUCUUUGUCACUGAGCUGCACGAAUGUGGCAGCACUCUGACGAUGACUGACGAUUCACUUGUCUAUGUCUUCACACUACGUUAUACACCAGCCACCCUGGGCAGCAGCCCCAUUGUUCGGACUAGAGAAGUGGUGGUCUGGGUUGAGUGCCACUAUCAAAGAAAUCAUGUGAGCAGUGAUUCAGUGAAGCCCACCUGGAAUCCCUAUGCCUCCACUAAGGUUGCAGAGGAGCUCCUCUACUUCUCCCUGAGGCUAAUGACUGACAACUGGCAUUUGGAGAGACCCAGCAAAGAGUACGUCCUUGGAGAUAAUAUUAACUUUGAAGCUUCUGUCGUCCAGUUCUUCCAUGUGCCCCUCCGAGUCUUUGUGGACACCUGUGUAGCCACAGUCAUCCCAAACGCCAACGCUGUCCCAAGAUAUGCCUUCAUCGAGAACCGUGGUUGUCUGGUCGACACCAAGCUGACAGGAUCCAGAUCCCAGUUCAUACCUCGCACCAUGGAUGACACGCUCCAGUUCCAGAUCGAAGCCUUUAGGUUUCAUGUUGUGAACACUGGCUCACUAUACAUUACCUGCCUCCUGAAAGCCACAACCGCUUCAUCCCCUAUUGAUCAUGAGAACAAGGCUUGUUCCUUCUCAAAUGGAUGGCGCGAGGCCAAUAAGAAAGACCAGGUGUGUGGCUGUUGUGACACAGACUGUGGCAUGAGAAGGGAACCGGAUCCAGAUUUCCGGUGGGAGCAAGAAGCGUCUAUUGGUCCUCUCAACAUCAAAGAAAAGCUUCUUGACUGAUGGCCUAUUUAAUCAUUUGGACUGACAUUCCUGUUGAACAAACACAUUAUGGAUGAUUAAAAAAAAUAUGGA